AUGCAGUCCUCUAUCCUCUUUCUGGCUUCUGCUAUGGCCCUCAUCUCACAGGCCACUGCUGGAGUGAUAUCUUCUCGCGAAGCAUCUAUCGCUAAUCUUCAGAUAUUCGGCGACGAUAGAUGCACUGCCGCCGAAAGCAUGGGCGAUUUCAAUCUUUAUUCUGAGGAUACCGACAAAUGUCACACAUUUCCCACGGACAAGGCGGUCAACUCCGUUUACAUAUCUUAUAUCAAUAAUGGGUGUGCAGUCUAUCCUCAAACUGCUGAGAUUCGAGCCGGAAGUCUGACCAAGAAUGGGCGGGAAGGUCUAGAACUACGUCUUGCUGUAACCAAAAGCUUGUCGGGUCUGAAAUACUGUCAAUGGGUACAUUGA